AUGUACAAUGUUGAUACUGAUACUGGUUUGUGUUCAUGUCCACAAGGUGACACAGGAAAACCUUGCAAGCAUCAAAUUUAUGUUGCCAAAGAUCUCAAUAUUGAUAUACCUCUAUGUUUACCAUCUAAUGAACAUACUAGAAUAAAACUACAUACUAUUGCUACAGGAUGCAGUGAUAUUAAAAAAGAUUGGUAUACUCCAUUUCUUAACACCGAAAAUAAUGAAAAUACUGAACUAUGUCCAAAAUAA